AUGGAGUCACUUGCCACAACCUUGCUCCGUCCCGGCCGCAUAAUUUGUCGGAGCCACAUCACGCCGCAUCUGCGGCUUCCCGUCCUGCGACCUCCGGCCCCCCGACCAUUGCAUUCCGCCACCGGGCCUUUGCCUUCCCUAACGCUGCCGACCCUGCUCGCGCCGCACCUCUCCUGCAGCCAACAGGCCGAGCACGUCGCGCAGGUGGCCGCGCACCUCGAGGCCGACGGGAUCCUCAAGAUCACGCUGCGCUUCCCCGACGCGGCCAGCGCCUACCUGGCCGCCCUCGUCCGGAGCCUGCACGCGCACCACGGGCACCGGCUGCCCGUCGCGCACUCGGCCACCCGCGGCUGGUUCUGGGAUGUGCAGCCGGACCCGCAGACGGUCGGCGGCGGCGGCGGCGGUCUCGCGCGCUCCGAGACCAUGGAGGCGUUCCCGUGGCACACCGACUGCAGCUACGAGCACCCGCCGCCGCGCUUCUUCGCGCUGCACGUGCUGCGCGCCGACCGUCGCGGCGGCGGCGCGCUGUCCGUCAUGAGCGCCGCGCGGCUGCUGCGCGGCCUGGACGACGCGACGCGGGGGGCGCUCGCCCGGCCCGACUUUCGCAUCGCCGUGCCGCCCGAGUUCGCCAAGGACCCGGCGCUGACGUCGAUCCGCGGCAGCCUCAUCAGCAGCAGCAGCAGUUCGGAGGACCCGGGGCCGCCGCUCAUCCGCUUCCGCGAGGACAUCGUGACGCCGCUGGGGGACGAGGCGGCGGAGGCGCUGGCUCGGUUGAGGGAGGCGCUGCGGCGGGAGGCGGAGGCGGCGGCGAUGCGCCUCUCGGCGGAGGAGCUGCCGGCAGGUUCGGUGCUGGUGAUGGAUAACAGGAGGUGGCUGCACGCGCGGAACGCGGUGGCGGACCCGGAGAGGCACCUCCGCAGGGUACGCUGGGACGCGGUGCCGUUUCUGGGGAACGAGAGCCUGGAGCGAGAUGCGGCGAGGGCUGACACGGGCGAGAAGAAAGGCGUCGCAUAA